CCUCAAUCACCGGAGUGAGAGAAGAUUCGCUCCGCGAAAGGUUCAUGACUGGCCAGGAUGGCCUCUCGUCGUCUUCGGUGGAGACCAUAGCGGGAUUCACGGCCGGAAUCGUCUCUACUCUCUGCCUGCAUCCAUUGGAUUUGAUCAAGACCCGACUUCAAGUCGACCGAUCCUCCCCAAAACCAGGCGCGUCGUUCCGCGUCAUCCGGCGGAUAUUCCAAACCGAAGGCGGCAUUGCGCCGUUCUACCGAGGCCUAACACCAAACAUCAUCGGCAACUCCAGCAGCUGGGCGCUGUACUUCCUAUUCUAUGGCAACCUCAAGGACGGGAUGCGGAAACUCCGCAGCUCUCGCGAGCAGGAGCUGGCCGCUUCCGACUUUUUUCUUGCGUCGGGCGCCGCAGGAGUCAUAACGUCUGUCCUCACCAACCCGAUCUGGGUCAUCAAGACCCGCAUGUUAUCAACCGGCGCCGGAGCCCCGGGAGCAUAUACAUCGUUCACGAAUGGCGCCAAGCAAAUCUAUCGCUCGGAGGGUAUCCCCGGCUUUUACCGCGGUCUGCUACCGGCGCUGUUCGGAGUCAGCCACGGCGCGCUUCAGUUCAUGGUGUACGAGCGAUUAAAAGUCCGACGGACACAGAUGGCCCCGGAUGGAGAAUCAGGUCCGGCGCAGAGACGCGAACUCGGCAAUCUGGAUUUCUUCCUCAUCUCGAGCUUUUCGAAGAUCUUUGCCGGGUGCGUCACGUACCCGUAUCAGGUGCUGCGCUCGAGGCUGCAGACCUACGAUGCUCAUCUUGCGUAUCGCGGUAUCCGCGAUGUCGUCGUGCAGAUUUGGACCCGCGAGGGUAUCGCGGGCUUUUAUAAAGGCUUAGGGCCGAAUUUGUUUAGAGUGCUGCCGAGUACUUGGGUCACUUUCUUGGUGUAUGAGAAUACGCGGAUACAUCUUCCUCCUUUGGUUUCGAAGGUCUAGGAGAUGGAGGUCUUUUGGAGCUUGUGUUUCAAUAUAAGAGACAUGGGAUGUUCAGCCGAAUACGCUACUCCACCUCAGAUACCCGUUGGGGUUCAGGGUCCCUAACUAUGUUGAUAUCUUAACUAUACUUUUUGUAUCAUAGGUCUAUACACCAACAUAUUAUGUAUUCUAUAAGGAUUUUUGUCUGAU